UCGCCCCUUCUGGGGACAAUAAAGUUGAAAAGUUGAAGUUGAAAGUUGAAGUUGAUAUUGUGUUUGUGUGUCAGUGUGGUCAUGUCUGCUCCGAGGACCCUGGGGGAGCUGCAGCUUUACCGCGUGCUGCAGAGAGCCAACCUGCUGGCCUACUACGAUACCUUCAUACAACAGGGCGGCGACGACGUGCAGCAGCUGUGCGAGGCCGGCGAGGACGAGUUCCUGGAGAUCAUGGCCCUGGUCGGCAUGGCGACCAAGCCCCUGCACGUGCGGCGUCUCCAGAAGGCCCUGCGCGACUGGGCGGCCAACCCCGCGCUUUUUAACCAGCCUAUCACGUCGUCCGGCCCGCAGUCUCACGGUGGCGGUGGCGGGACAGGAGGUGGUGCAGGUGGGGGCGGUGGAGGUGGAGGUGGGGGGAUCCCACUCUUCAAGAUUGACAGCUCGGCCGCUGGGGGCGCGGCGGGCGGCAGGAAGUCCAUCAGCAACGGGCAGCCGGGGUCGCCGGGCGAGCGCGAGGACAGAGGGGCGUGUCUGACCCCGCUCAGGGACACAGGAAGUCCCAGAAGCCCUUGCUCUCAGGCCUCCCCGUCCCCGUUGCCGCCAGACACUCUGUACAGGGACAAGCUCUCCCCCAUGGACCCCCACUGGCUCAGCCCCGAGGCCGAGGCGGACGACGAGCAGCUCAGCCCCCCCCUGCCGCCCCUCACCCCUCACCCUCCACGCUCCAGCUCCGCGGGGGGGCCCCCGACACCCCCGGCCCCUUCCUCCUCCUCCUCCUCCUCCUGCUCCGCCUCCUCCUCGUCCCCGUGGCCGGGCGGCGUGCUGGAUGCAGAGACGGCGCGCGCUGUAGGAGAGAGCGUGGACCGGUUGCUGAGGACGCUGCCCCGCGCCGACCCUGGAGAGGUGAAGACUCUGCUGAGGCUGAAUAAGAAGAUGGCCAAGACGGUGGGCCACGUGUUCCGGCCGGAGCUGUCGGAGCACAGCAAGGAGGAGGAGAUCCGCAAGUACAGCCUCAUAUACGGACGCUUCGACUCCAAGAGGAGGGAGGGCAAGCAGCUCACACACCACGAGAUGAUCAUCAAUGAGGCAGCUGCUCAGUUCUGUAUCCGUGACAAUGCCCUGUUGCUACGGCGCGUGGAACUCUUCUCACUGGCACGACAGGUGGCCAGAGAAUGUGCCUACACUACCUCGCUCAAGCACUCCAGGACGAGCUCAGAUGACGGGGCUGUGCCUCUGCUGAAGAGGAGCAGGCAGGAGGUGGAGUCAGACAUUUCUCUCAGGGGCUUGGAGGGGUCAGAGGUCAUCUCCCGCGCUGCCUUGAGGUCUGCUACGGAUGAAGACAGCCUAUCGGGCGAGAGCAUGGACAGCCUGAGCCAAGAUGUCGGCCGUCCGUCUCACCCCUCCACCUCCCCCCGCCCACCCAUCGACACCCCCCCAUCCGCCACCUGGAGCCGCCAGCUCAUUCAGCAAACGCUCAUGGAUGAGGGCCUGCGAUUGGCUAGGAUGAUGUCACAUGACCCCACGGGCAAGGGCAGCCUAGGGACAGAGAGGAAGCACUCCACAGAGCUGGAGGGCAAGGCAGCUGAGAGGAAGACCUGCGCUGCCCCCUACAGGUGUGGCAGCCCCAGCAGCACCAGAGAAGAGCCGGAGCAGGAACCGGAACCGGAGCGCAACGGCAAGUGAGGCAGGAGUGCGUAGACACACAUACGGCAGAUGUACUGUACGUGCGCACCAGGGGUGGAACUUCAGUUUUUUCCCCACCAGUCACGGUGGCAGGUAGAUUUCAAAAUCUACCAGUCACUCACUGUUUUUACCAGUCAAAGUGACUGAUGGGUUGAAAAAAGUACCAGUCACCACUGAAAUGUAUCCGUCAUUGGCAGGUCGACGGGGUGCUUAUUUCCAUCCCUGGUACGCACCUACUGUAUGUCUGUAUACAUAUCUAUGGAGGGGGGCAGGAGGUGAGGUACAGGAUGCAUUACCCCUCUUGCUCCAUCAGACCAGCAGUUCACCAUCACAUCACUUCAGCCUCAUGCCUGCGCCCAUGUCCAGGCCUCCGCCAGCUCCAAUCCCCAACACACAGCCCACUUCACUCUACCCCAGGACUGGUCUGGGGGAGAAACAGGGCCCGGGCACUUUUGGGUUAAGGGGGCCCCCCUCAUAAUUAGCGGCGCAUAACUAAAUCACCGGUGGGCCCUGCACCCUCGUUGGCCCCUUUUUUCAGAAAUUUAAUUUUUGUAUUUAAACAUUUCUGAAAAUAGGGGCCCACAAGGUUGCAGGGCCCCCCGGGAAAUGCCCGGUAUGCCAGAUGGCCAGUCCAGCCCUGCUCUACCCCACCUACAGACUUACUGUACUGCCACUCACACACUCCCCCCAUUCCCUCCACUCUCCCAUUCCCUCCUCUCAGGGUCCAACAUUUCUGUUCUCAAAAGUCUGGACAGGAGCCACCUCUCUUAACCAGCACCACUCGUCUGCUUUCAGCAACCAAGGACAACCGCUCUGUAACGAGAUGGCGCUCACAAAUGAAGGAUGGACUGUUGUGUAAACAUAUCCUUGACUGAAUAUAGCAUGUGUUUCUGUCUCCCCAAGAUAUCAUCCAAAUAAAAUCUAAAAUCAUUAAAAUAACACUAACCGGAGACAGGGGGGACAUGCAACUAUUGGAGUCCAUCUUCAGUGUCUUCGGCGCUUGCUGUCCGAGACUUAUUACAACACAGAAUCAAAGACUGGUUUGUUACAUUCUCUAUUACUGCAAGAAGUGAAACUUUGCGUAGUUGAAGUCUUUCUCGCUCUUCAGGUCCUCAAUGCAUUCUAGUAUUUCCUGUGUGUGUGUGCGCUGUAUAUCUAAUUUGCCCCUCUGCAAUGCUACAGUGUUCAAUGGUCCUGCACAUGAGUGUGUACUUCAGUGUUUUUCCUCUUUUCUCUGUCUAACCCCUUACUGUGCUAUUUGCCAUGGCAGCUAAUUGUAGAGCAGGUCUCUUAGGAACCAACGCUAUUUUGAGGUCCAGUCAUUCCUAUUGUUAGAUAUCCUUUGCUGUUUACCCAAGUAAAGACAUUAAGGUCCACUUUUUUUGUUCGAACUCACUGCAUUUCCCGCACACAUGAGGAUACACUUGGUGCAAGAUUUCCCCUCUUCUUUGGUCUAAGUACAGUAAGUGUGGAUACUGAUUGGGUUUCGUCUGGUCCUAUUACAGUGUUAACCUGGUUCUCACGUAGCUCACGAAGUUUAACGAAGAUGCACGAAGCACGAAGGGUCUGCGUGAGAGCCAGGCUAUUACAGUGUGGCCAUUGAUUCACUUUUUCUACAUCGGCAUCAUUCAUACCAUAACAAGGUAGAUGUGUAAAGACAGAAACGUGUAACACAGAUAUAAUUCCAAAUGCUGAGAGAAAAAACUCAAAUUUUUUAACCAAUGAUUUGCUAAUUGAUUUUAGGCCCAUUUCAAAUUUGUCAAACCAAGCCUAACCCUUUUACUGCAUGUUAUUUCAUUGGUUGAAGGAACCUGAGUUUUAAAUGCAAAUGUAAAACAGAGAUUUGAGUACUUUGUGUUUGCAUUUUAGCCAUUGAUGUGCUCGAACGGAAGAAUGCUCCUCUACCCAACCCUGCCAGCAUCUGUGCUUCACGUGUGUCCUGUAAAA